AUGUCCUCGUUUGCCGUGCAGUUCGCGCGCCAGCAGAGGCAGGCCUUCCAGGCCGCCUCCAACAUUGCCUCGGCAUCGGCAUCCUCGUCGUCGUCGUCAAGAGCGUUCUCGACGGCCAGGAACAACCUACCCAGACCCUCUCACGCCAUGACCCGGAGCCAGCAGCAGCACCUCGCCCUCACAAGAAAUAUCUCGACCAACCAGCCGAGGGAGCAGGCUGCCGCAGCCCAGGCCGCCACCAGCGCCCGCCCGGAACCGUCGCCGGCGUUCCAGCAGUCGCCACCGCAGAAGCUCGCGCGCAUCCAGAGCGAGUACGACCACAACGCCCUCGACGAGUCGUUUGUCGGCAUGUCGGGCGGCGAAAUCUUCCACGAGAUGAUGCUGCGGCACGGCGUCAAGCACAUCUUUGGCUACCCGGGAGGCGCCAUCCUGCCCGUCUUUGACGCCAUCUACAACUCCAAGCACUUUGACUUUGUGCUGCCGCGGCGCGAGGACGGCGCCGGCCACAUGGCCGAGGGCUACGCGCGCGUCAGCGGCAAGCCGGGCGUCAUCCUCGUCACCAGCGGGCCCGGCGCCACCAACGUCAUCACCCCGCUGCAGGACGCCAUGAGCGACGGCACGCCGCUCGUCGUCUUCUGCGGCCAGGUCGCCACCUCGGCCAUCGGCUCCGACGCCUUCCAGGAGGCCGACGUCGUCGGCAUCAGCCGCAGCUGCACAAAGUGGAACGUCAUGGUCAAGGACAUUGCCGAGCUGCCCAAGCGCAUCAACGAGGCGUUCAAGAUCGCCACCAGCGGCCGUCCGGGCCCCGUCCUCGUCGACCUGCCCAAGGACGUCACCGCCGGCAUCCUCCGCCAGGCCAUCCCCUACAGCUACACGCAGCCCAACAUGCUCAACAGCAUCCCCAGCCGGCAGACGGCGCGGACGCGCCGGCACGCGGCGUACGCCAACAGCGCCAACCUGCGCGCCGACGCCGCCAGCAGCGCCGCCGCCGCCGGCCUCAGCGCCGAGAUGCAGGAGGCGGCCCGCCUGAUUGGCAUCGCCAAGCGGCCCAUCAUCUACGCCGGCCAGGGCAUCCUGUCGUCGCCCGAGGGCCCCAAGCUGCUGCGGAAGCUGGCCAAGGAGCACAACAUCCCCGUCACCACGACGCUCCAGGGCCUCGGCGCGUUCGACGAGCUCGACCCGCUCUCGGUCCACAUGCUCGGCAUGCACGGCAGCGCCUACGCCAACCUCGCCAUCCAGGACGCCGACCUGAUCAUUGCGCUCGGCGCGCGCUUCGACGACCGCGUCACGGGCCGCGUUGACAAGUUUGCGCCCCACGCGCGCGCCGCCGCCCUCGAGGGCCGCGGCGGCAUCAUCCACUUUGAGGUGAUGCCCAAGAACAUCAACAAGGUGGUCCAGGCGACGUGCGCCAUCGAGGGCGACGUGGUGGCCAACCUGGGCAAGCUGCUGUCGCACCUCGGCAGCGAGCAGCCCGACCGCAGCGAGUGGCACCAGACCAUCGCCGAGUGGAAGAAGGCCUACCCUUUCACCUACGACCCGUCCAAGCCGGGCGAGCUGAUGAAGCCGCAGGAGGUCGUCGAGGCCCUCGACGCCGCCGUCGCCGGCCAGAAGGAGAACGUCAUUAUCUCGACGGGCGUCGGCCAGCACCAGAUGUGGGCCGCCCAGCACUACCGCUGGACCCACCCGCGCACCUGGGUGUCGUCGGGCGGCCUCGGCACCAUGGGCUUCGGCCUCCCCUCGGCCGUCGGGGCCAAGGUGGCCGCGCCCGAGAAGAUCGUCGUCGACAUCGAUGGCGACGCCUCGUUCUCGAUGACGGCCAUGGAGCUCGCGACGGCGGCCCAGUACAGCAUCGGCGUCAAGGUGCUGCUGAUGAACAACGAGUACCAGGGCAUGGUCGUCCAGUGGCAGGACCUCUUCUACGACAAGCGCUACUCGCACACCGAGAUGCACAACCCGGACUUUGUCAAGCUGGCCGAGGCCAUGGGCGUCAAGGCGAUCCGCUGCGACAACGCCGCCGACCUGCCGGCCAAGAUGAAGGAGUUUAUCGAGUACGACAACAACAAGCCCGUCCUCUUCGAGGCGCGCGUCACCAAGAACGAGCACGUCUACCCCUUCUGCCCCGCCAGCGCCGGCCUGCACGAGCUCAUUGUCCACCCCAGCCUCAAGCCCGUCCCCAAGAAGUAG